AUGCCUCAAUUGUUCACUCUCCUCACGAUUGGCGCUUUCGCCGCCAUGGCUGUGGCAUCGCCUGUCGCCGCGCCAGCAAUCACUGCGGCUCCUAGCCUCGACAAGCGUGCCAGCUGUACUUUCUCCGGUUCUAAUGGCGCCGCUUCAGCCAGCGCCUCCCAGCAGAAGUGCUCAACUAUUGUGCUCUCCAAUGUCGCUGUGCCUUCCGGUGUCACGCUUGACUUGAGCAAGCUGAACGACGGCACUCAUGUCAUCUUCGAGGGCACCACAACCUGGGGUCACAAGGAAUGGAAGGGCCCUCUCCUUCAGAUUAGUGGCAAGGACAUCACCGUCACUGGCGCCAGUGGCGCGAAGCUGAAUCCCGAUGGCAAACGCUGGUGGGAUGGCAAAGGUGACAAGGGUGUUACCAAGCCAAAGUUCUUUGCUGCUCACAAGUUGACUGGAAAGUCCUACAUCAACAACCUCUACAUCGAGAACACUCCCGUCCAGGCCGUUAGCAUCAACGGCUGCAAUGGUCUGACUAUUAACCAGAUGACCAUCGACAACAAGGCGGGAGACUCUGCUGGUGGGCACAACACUGAUGGUUUCGAUAUUGGCUCCAGCAGCAACAUUGUCAUCAACGGAGCCAAGGUUUACAACCAGGACGACUGUGUUGCUAUCAACUCCGGCACUGACAUUACCUUCAGCGGCGGAUACUGCUCCGGUGGUCACGGUCUCUCUAUUGGCAGUGUCGGUGGUCGCUCUGAUAACACCGUUGAGAACGUCACCUUCAAGGACUCGACUGUCACCAACUCUGACAAUGGUAUCCGUGUCAAGGCCAAGUCCGGCACUACUGGAAGCAUCAAGGGCGUUACCUACUCCGGCAUCACUCUCUCCUCCAUCAAGAAGUACGGCAUCCUCGUUGAGCAAAACUACAACGGCGGUGAUCUCCACGGUUCCCCCACUGGUGGUAUCCCCAUCAGCAACCUCAAGCUCGACAACAUCAGUGGCACCAAAGCUGUCGCUUCAAGUGGUCACAACAUUGCAAUCGUUUGUGCCAGCGGUGCCUGCCCUAGCUGGACCUGGAACAAGGUCAGCGUCACUGGUGGCAAGACCUACGGCAGCUGCCAGAAUGUUCCCAGCGUGGCCAAGUGCUAA